AUGCCUUCGCAGGGAGUGCUGCCUUCGCAAGGGGUGGUGCCUUCGCAAGGAGUGUUGCCUUCGCAAGGAGUGCUGCAUUCACAAGGAGUGCUGCCUCCGCAAGGAGUGCUACUUUCGCAAGGAGUACUGCCUUUGCAAGGAGUACUGCCUUCGCAAGGAGUGCUGCCUUCACAACGAGUGCUGCCUUCGCUAGGAGUGCUGUCUUCGCAAGGAGGGCUGCCUUCGAGAGGAGGGCUGCCUUCGCAAGGGGUAAUGCCUUCGCAAGUAGUGCUGCCUUCUCAGGGAGUACUGCCUUUGAACGAGUGCUGCCUUCCAAUGAGUGCUGCCUUCGCAAGGAGUGCUGCCUUCGCAAGGAGUGCUGCCUUCGCAAGGAGUGCUGCCUUCGCAAGGAGUGCUGCCUUCGCAAUGAGGGCUGCCUUUGCAGGGAGUGCUGCCUUCGCAAGGGGUGGUGCCUUCGCAAAGAGUGCUGCCUUCGCAAGGAGUGCUGCCUUCGCAAGGAGUGCUGCCUUUGCAAUGAGAGCUGCCUUUGCUGGGAGUGCUGGCUUCACAAGGGGUGGUGAAUCCGCAAGGAGUGCUGCCUUUGCAAGGAGUGCUGCCUUAGCAAGGAGAUAUGCCUUCGCAAGGAGUGCUGCCUUCGCUAGGAGUGCGGCCCUUCUAAGGAGAGCUACCUUCGCAAGGAGUGCUGCCUUCGCUAGGAGUGCUGCUUUCGCAAGGAGGUCUGCCUUUGCAGGGAGUGCUGCCUUUGCAGGGAGUGCUGCCUUCGCAAGGAGUGGUGCCUUCGCAAGGAGUGCUGCCUUCGCAGAGAGUGCUGCAUCCGCAAGGAGUGCUGCCUUCUCAAGGUGUGCUGCCUUCGCAAGGAGUGCUGCCUUUGCAAGGAGCGCUGCCAUCGCAAGGAGUGCUUCCUUCGCUAGGAGUGCUGCCUUCGCAAGGAGGGCUGCCUUCGCAAAGAGGGCUGCCUUCGCAGGGAGUGCUGCCUUCGCAAAGAGUAAUGCCUUCGCAAGUAGUUCUGCUUUCGCAGGGAGUACUGCCUUUGCAAGGAGCGCUGCCUUCCCAGGAGUGCUGCCUUCGCAAGGAGUGCUGCCUUCGCAAGGAGUGCUCCCUUCGCAAGGAGUGCUGCCUUCGCAAGGAGUGCUGCCUUCGCAAUGA